AUGGGUUACUCCAAAAACCUAGGGGCUGGCCUGUUUGCCAUGCUGCUCCUUGCUCCGGCCGUCCUGGCCUCCGACCCUGACCCUCUCCAGGACUUCUGCGUUGCUGACCUCGACGGCAAGGCGGUCUCUGUGAACGGGCAUCCAUGCAAGCCUAUGUCGGAGGCCGGUGACGACUUCCUCUUCUCGUCCAAGCUGGCCAAGGCUGGCAACACGUCCACCCCGAAUGGCUCUGCUGUGACGGAGCUCGACGUGGCCGAGUGGCCCGGUACGAACACGUUGGGCGUGUCCAUGAACCGCGUGGACUUCGCACCAGGGGGCACCAACCCGCCGCACAUCCACCCGCGCGCUACCGACAUUGGCAUCGUGAUGAAAGGUGAGCUCCUCGUUGGUAUCCUCGGCAGCCUCGACUCUGGGAACAAGCUCUACUCCAGGGUGCUCGACGUGGCCGAGUGGCCCGGUACGAACACGCUGGGUGUGUCCAUGAACCGUGUGGACUUCGCGCCGGGAGGCACCAACCCGCCGCAUGUCCACCCGCGCGGGACCGAGAUCGGCAUGGUGAUGAAAGGUGAGCUCCUCGUUGGAAUCCUCGGAAGCCUCGACUCCGGAAACAAGCUCUACUCUAGGGUGGUGCGUGCUGGAGAGACGUUCCUCAUCCCACGCGGGCUCAUGCACUUCCAGUUCAACGUUGGUAAGACAGAGGCCUACAUGGUUGUUUCCUUCAACAGCCAGAACCCCGGCAUCGUUUUCGUGCCGCUCAUGCUCUUCGGUUCCAACCCGCCAAUCCCCACGCCGGUGCUCACCAAGGCACUAAGGGUGGAGGCCGGGGUCGUCGAACUUCUCAAGUCCAAGUUCGCUGGUGGGUCUUAA